AAAAUACAUUUUUUGUCCCUGAGGUUUGAGGACAUAUAAUGGAUUUGAGACUAAUUCUAAACCGUGAUGACUGGUUUCCGCCCACGUUGACCAACCUUGCCCAUGCAGAUAAAACCACUUCUAGGCUGAAGGGUAGGUUAACCCCAACCCAGAUAGACAUGUUUAGGCAAACGUGUUUCGGUCCCAUUUUGGACAUGGACGUAGUUUUUAACGGACCAUUAAUACAUCAUCUAUUGUUGAGAGAGGUUGAAGAGCCUAGGCAGGACAUCAUUAGUUUCGACCUGUUUGGGAAAAGGGUCUCCUUUGGUAAGCGGGAGUUUGACCUAAUCACCGGCCUCAGUUAUAGGAUGAUUAGGGUAGAUAACGAUAUUCCUGGCCGACGACUUCGAGCACGUUACUUUAAGGAUAGUGUCAGGGUUAAGUGUAGUGAGUUAGAGAAGAUUUUUAUGGAAACAGUUUUUUACGACGAUGAGGAUGCUGUCAAGGUUGGCAUAGUUUACUUCGUCGAGCUUGCCAUGAUGGGGAAGGAGAGGAAGCAGUUUAUAGAUGCGACCCUUUUAGGGGUUGUGGAUAGGUGGGAGCUAUUCUGCAAUCACGACUGGAGUUCGUUGAUUUUCGAAAGAACACUUUGGAGCCUGAAGAACGCCGUGAAUGAUAAACUGCCGGCGUACCAAUAGAAGGCGAGAAAUGACCCCACACACCAAGAGACUUAUAGUCUCUACGGGUUUCCGUACGCAUUUCAGGUAUGGGCUUACGAGACGAUAUCGACGUUGAGUCUGCGCGUAGCCAUGAGGCUGAGUGACGACGCCAUUCCUCGACUCUUUAGGUGGUCGUGCACUUAUUCUCGUGGGUUUCUUACUAUGCAGAGAGACGUGUUCGAUAACACGAUGUCCAAGGUUAAGGAAUACUUGGUUUCGACGAAUGCUGAGGUAGAACACAUGGUCCGUAUCAUGCGUCCACCGGAAGCCCGCGCUAUACCUGUCCUGUCGGCUGUACCUGAUCCGCCUGCAGUACCUGACCCGCCUGCAGUACCUGACCCGGCUGUUGUACCUGCCCCCGCUGCAGUACCUAACUCGGCUGCAGUAGCUGACCUGCCUGCAGAUCUGGAAAGGGGUACUCAGGAAAGAAGGGUGAAGGACAAAGGAAAGAAUAUCAUAGAGGAUCCGGUAGAAGAGGCCGAGACAUUGGACGAUGAUGCAUUACAGAGUCCUGCAUUAGACGAUGCUGGACCCAGUUGAAAUGAUAGCGAAGCGUUACAGAAGAGGUCGAAACGGAAAAAAUUCAAAAAUAAGAUCAGUAGACGGUUGAAGAGGCUCGAUGACCGAGUUGGUGCUAUCGAGGCCACACUGACUGGCUUCGAGGCCACACUGACUGGCUUCGGGGUCGCCCUGAAAGGUAUCCAGAGAUACCUGAAGAAACUGUCGAAGGUACGCAUUUUAUAUGUAUAUAACAUUAGGUAUGCUUAGUUAUUAAU